UAUUAACCAUUUCAUACUCAACUUUGUCUUUAAAACAUAGAAAAAAAAAUCAAUUAUUGCAUAGGUAGAGCAAGCACUAUAAAUUCACAACCACUUCAAGUCUAUUCUUCAAACAAAACAAAUACAAUAUGACAUCAUCAUCUUCAUGGUUCCUCAAAAUGUGUCUCUCUUUUAUAAUGUUGUUGUUCUUCCUCAUCUUCAAUAUUUCACCUUCAUUCUCAUCUCCAACAACUGCAUCCCUCGCAGAAAAACUCAUAAGAGGGAUGAAUCUUUUUCCAAAAGAUUCCAUUAACUUACCAGAGAAUGAUCCUCAUUUUGUUCAUGGAAAUAUUGUGGAGAAGAAGUUCACUUUCCCUGGUUUUGAUGACACUAGUGCUUCUGCUGAAGAGCUCGGUCAUCAUGCAGGGUAUUAUCGUCUUCCUAAUUCCAAAGCUGCAAGGAUGUUUUAUUUUUUCUUUGAAUCUAGAAACAAUAAGGAUGACCCUGUUGUCAUAUGGUUGACUGGAGGUCCAGGAUGCAGCAGUGAACUUGCUUUGUUUUAUGAAAAUGGUCCUUUUCAGUUUACCAAGAACAAGAAGAACUUGUCCCUUUUUUUGAAUGAAUAUGGAUGGGAUAAGGCAUCAAAUAUUAUAUUUGUAGACCAACCCACUGGAACAGGUUUCAGCUAUACCACUGAUGAUAGUGAUAUUCGCCAUGGUGAAGACGAAGUUAGCAAUGAUCUUUAUGACUUCUUGCAGGCAUUUUUCAAGGAACACCCUCAGUUCACUAAGAAUGAUUUUUAUAUUACUGGAGAAUCAUAUGCUGGACAUUACAUUCCAGCUUUAGCAUCCAGGGUUCAUAAAGGAAACAAGGCAAAAGAAGGAAUUCAUAUAAAUCUAAAGGGUCUGGCUAUUGGUAAUGGAUUAACCAAUCCUGAAAUUCAGUACAAGGCAUAUACAGAGUUUGCAUUACAGAGAGAUCUAAUUACAAAAGAUCAAUAUGACACUAUUGGAAAGUUGAUCCCACCAUGUGAGCAAGCCAUAAAAGCUUGUGAAACUAAAGGUGGAGAUGCAUGCGAGACUUCAUUAAGUAUUUGCACUGACAUAUUCAAUCAGAUCCUGGAGAAUACUGACAACAUUAAUUACUAUGACAUUAGAAAGAAAUGUGAGGGAAAUCUUUGUUAUGACUUCUCCAAGGUGGAGACAUUUUUGAACAAGAAAACAGUAAAGGAAGCUUUAGGUGUUGGGGACUUGGACUUUGUUUCAUGCAGUAGCACAGUAUACAGUGCCAUGCAGCAAGAUUGGAUGAGAAAUCUAGAAGUUGGUAUUCCUUCUCUUCUUGAGGAUGGAAUCAAGGUGCUUGUGUAUGCUGGAGAAGAGGAUCUCAUAUGCAAUUGGCUUGGAAAUUUUUGGUGGGUUCGUGAUAUGGUGUGGUCAGGUAAAAAUGAAUUUGGCGCGUCUCCUACAACCCCAUUUUUGGUUGAUGGUGAAGAAGCGGGAAUGCUGCAAAGCCACGGGCCUCUCGCAUUUCUCAAGGUGAAGGAGGCUGGUCACAUGGUUCCUAUGGAUCAACCAAAAGCUGCACUUCAGAUGUUAAAAGAUUGGAUGCAAGGGAAACUAACAAAGACUAGGAAAGGAGAUAGUGUCUCGCCUAUGUGAUGCAGUCAACACAAAAUCACACUAUUGUAGUACACACAAUAAUGAUGUUUGCUUUUGUACAUUGGAAUAGUGGAUGAAUGGAAUAUAAUUGUUUUUCCACAAGUUCUUCUCUAA